AUGAGGUUGAAGAAGAAUGAUAAGUAUAUAGUAUUAGAUCCACCGAUUAAGUUAGAACAAAAUGAAUAUUCGAAUGCUGAUUAUAGGGAGAAAGUCAUAGCUGCAUGUCGAUUAUACAAAUUUAUGGUAUUACGUAGAAGAGAUGGAGAAAAUUCACCAAAACCAUUUUUGAAUCGAAAUCUCAUUUAUCAAAAUAAUACAAAUAAGAUAACAGUUAAUAAGGCUCUUGGUAUAGAUGAUCCACCAUUAGUUUUCAAAUUCAAUCCAAAUAAGAUACGAGAUAGAAGGAAUGAUAAUGCUAAGCGGAAUCAACUUGAUUUGCAUAUCCGAAGUCUAUCAAGUAGACGAGUUGUUAAGAAAAUGAAAAAUGAUGAGGAUGAGGUGGAGGAAAAAAGAAUUUUGAGAGAUUUUUGUGAUAUGGAUGCAUACUAUUCAGGAGUUGAAAGAGCUUUCAAACAUCUUAACAUGGCUCCACAUAAAGAAAUUAUUGUCAAAGAUGGAUAUAUUGUUGGACAGAAUGCUGAGAUAACUCGAGAUCAAUAUUCGGAUUACGUAUCCAUCUCAGAUUUUUCAUUUCAAAGAAGCCCUAAACGAUGUUAUUGUCAUUUUAAAUUCUAUAUGAAUUACAUCUUUCAUGAUGGUAGACAAGUGACGGAAGAAAUAAAGAAUGGCGAAUUUCGAGGAGUAUUUCCAAUCAAAACAGCAUAUCAAAUAGAUUUGCCAUCGCCAAAGAAAAUGAGAAUUUCAACGAGAGAAGCAAAAUUAUUGAUUAAAGUCCGAACUGCUCUUGUACAAGAGUUGUCUGAACCAAUAUUGGAAGUGCCAUCAUUGCAAGAAAUGGAAAUGCCUGGAUUCUUUCGAGGAGAAUAUUUUGCAAGUCGAACCAUCUGGACGAAUGGCUCACCGUUGCAAUAUGAUUAUUCAGAUUUCGCAAUGAAUGUAGUACAUGUAAAGAAUCUGCGUCCUGGUUUCAUAUAUGAAGAACGUCAAUAUGACAUAUAUAGUCGAGAUUUAAUGUCUUUUGAAAAUCCUGCCAUAAUAGGAAAGAUUGCUCGAUUCAGAACUGAUGCUUUAUCUCUUCUCGUGCCAACCAAACCUCUACAUCCUAAUAUUCGUGUCCGGAAAUGCACCAAAAACUGUGGAAAAGUUUGCGAAUGUGGCUUUGCUGAAGGAAUUAUAAGUGGAAAAUGUAGAAUUGCAUUCGAUUCAGAUUUCAUCACAAACGAAGAACGAUUUCGUAAAUUCGAGCUUGCGAAAGAUCCAGAGGGCGAUGAUACUCUUACCCAUAUCGCAAAUCUUCUAAACUUAUCAAAAAGGAUGGAAAAUGAAUCAUCUGACGAAGAAGAGUAUGCUACUGCCUAUCAAUAUGAUACACCAUCCAAAACCAAAGCUUACCCGAAACAGGGAUCAGCAAAGUCAAAAGGAAAACGAUCGACAAGCAGAAACAGUGGAAUUGACGCAGGAACCCGGAAUAGUAGUUCAAAGAAUUCGAAAAACCCGAAAAAAGGUUUUAGAAAUUCAAACAACAAUCAAUCGACAAAGAACUCGAAGUCUAUGAAACUGGCAAAAGGUUCAGGAGUGACGAAACGGUCAAAGACCAAAACGAAAGCUUCAUCAAAACAGACAAAAGGCUCUAACAAAUCGAAAGCAGCCAAAUCAGUUAGAAGUUCGGAAUUGUCAAAUAAAAGAGGUGCAUCUAACACACCUUCAGAUACUCCAGUCUCAAAGAGGUUGAGAACAGAAACAACACCUCUUUCAUCACUGCGACGUUCGUCACGUUUCAACGAGAGUGGCACACCUGAUGAUGAUGAUGCGAAAUCAACUCCUACAAGGUCAAGAUCUCGUCAAAGUGUGAAGCAAGAUGUAAAUAUGGAAAUAGAAGACGACGAUGAAUCAGUUGUUGACGAAGAGGAAGAAGAAGGGAAUGAUGAAUUAGAAGAUGAAGAAGAAGAAGAGAAAUAUGAAGAUAAAUCUCAUAAUAAAAAAACACACAAAGAUCGUUUAUACUUCGAUCUCUACAAUUUCUUAGGAAAAUAUCCAACUGAAAAUGGAAGAUAUGUUAAUCACUUCCGUUUUCUUCAGAACUUUUAUUGCAAAAGCUUUUUGCUUUCCAAAAACAUUAGGAAUCGAAUGCGGAAUAUGUUUAUUAAUAUUCCGGAAAUAUUUUUAUUUUAUCGUUUUGUUGGAGCCAAUUCAAGUGAACCUCCUGGAACGAAAAUUUACAAUCCUGUAGUCAAAUAUGAAUUUAGAAAUUGUCAUGUUGAAAACUUGUAUAGUGAUCCAAGCCCUUCCACUUUCACGAAGCUUCGACCAAUGGUUCCACAUAAAUGCAUAAUAUGUGAUAGAAGCUUUGAAACUAUUUUCUCUUUACUAAUGCACUGUAACAUGAACUAUCCCCGAUUACGAUUCAGUUAUGCUGUAGCAAAGACGGAAAAACUAUCAAAGUCGAUGAUUACUCAAAUAGAUGUUUCAUUGAAUCCGUAUUACAAGGAAGGAGCUGAGAAUCGUCCUAUAUCCAUUGGUAGGGGUGCUAAACAGGCAUAUCCCUUCUUCGUAGUCUCACCGUGGCAAACACGGACAAUAAAGAAUAAUAUGCGUAUGGAUCUCACAAUGUUUGUAGAAGGAAUAUCUUUCACAGAUAUCAAAGUCCCUCACAGAAGGUAG